AUGAGAGGCUCUUCGGCGGCGGCUUCCCCGGCAAUCCCCGGCGCUGGCGGGAAGCAAAAGACUUCACAACCCAACUCAAACGGCACGCAGUCGACGAAACCGCCGAGUCCCCUCAGCUCGCUGACCAGCGCCCCCCUCGACUUAGCCUCAGUCGAGCGACGCGGUCAACCCAAUGCCUGCCCUGAGCCGGCCAAGAGAAAGAGCCGACCUCAUGGCCUCCAAGAAGCGCCUACCUAUCGCCCGACGGAGGAGGAGUGGAAAGAGCCAUUCGAGUACAUCAGGAAGAUUUCCCCCGAGGCGCGGCAGUACGGCAUUUGCAAGAUCAUCCCUCCCGAGUCGUGGAACCCGGAUUUUGCCAUCGACACAGAGAGGUUCCAUUUCCGCACGCGCAAACAAGAGUUGAACUCUGUCGAAGGCUGCACCCGCGCGAACCUGUCUUAUCUCGAUGCCCUCGCCAAGUUCCACAAGCAGCAGGGGACAAACAUGACGCGGUGGCCCUACGUCGACAAGAAGCCCCUCGAUCUCUAUCGGUUAAAGAAAGCAGUCGAGGCCCGUGGCGGCUUCGAGAAGGUUUGCAAGCUCAAGAAGUGGGCCGAAAUCGGCCGUGAUCUCGGCUACAGCGGCAAGAUCAUGUCUUCUCUGUCCACAUCGUUGAAGAACUCGUAUCAGAAAUGGCUCUGCCCGUACGAGGACUAUCUGAGGAUCGCUAAACCAGGCGUUCAUCAGCAGCUCGAGCUCGAGUACGGCGGCCCUUUGACCCCGAGCCCUGCUCCGAGUCCACUGAAGCGAUCCAAUGUGCCGACGCCUGCCGGCAUCGGGUCCGAGUCUCCGGCGAGGCAUGCGACAGAUGCGCUGCGCGCGUCCAUGGACGGGCCAGCAAAGGACACGGACCCGGAUGUUUCCAUGUCGGAUACCUCGGGUUUUGGCACUCCCAAGCCAACAUCUGGCUUCACCGCCGUGAACUCGGCCGGGUUUUCCGCCAUCAACUCUGGCUUUACCAGCGUCAACCGUUCAAUAGCCUCCGCCUCGGACGGGAAGGGCCCGGUCACACCAAAGCCCAAUGGUACACCUGCCACCUCUGCCAAAAACACACCCGAGUUCCGUUCGUCGAUGCUUGGGCCCUCGAACCUCAAACGGCAAAUGAGCUGCGACAGCCUCGAUUCUGCCAAGAAGGAACCGGCCGAUGCGGACGAUGGGGAUUCCGGGAGCCGUAGAAGCAAGAGACUCAAGAAAGAUACGGUCCCGACUGUCGCCGGUUCGCACAUGUCCCUCUUCCGCUCAGCUGUGCCUAGGUUACCUCGGGACGAGUCUGCGUCUCCUGGAGAGAAAUGCGAGCAAUGCGGCAAAGGUAGCGAGGACAACGGCUUUCUCCUCACCUGCGAGACUUGCGACCAUGGUUACCACGGUGCUUGCCUCGAUCCUCCUCUCAAAGUCAAGCCCGAGACCGAAUGGAAUUGCCCGCGGUGCUUGGUUGGCGACGGCCAAUUUGGGUUUGAGGAAGGCGGGCUGUACUCGCUGAAGCAGUUUCAGGAGAAGGCUGCCGACUUCAAGCAGCAGUACUUCUCCAACAAGAUGCCGUUUGACCCCGUCCUGAAUUGCCAUCGGCCGGUCACAGAGGAUGAUGUCGAACACGAGUUCUGGCGGCUGGUUGCUGACAUUGAGGAGACCGUGACGGUGGAGUACGGAGCUGACAUUCACUGCACCACCCACGGCUCCGGGUUCCCGACCAUCGAGAAAUAUCCCGACAACCCAUACUCGACCGACCCGUGGAAUCUCACCCUCCUCCCCCUUCACCCAGAGAGUUUAUUCAGGCACAUCAAGUCCGAUAUUUCAGGCAUGACGGUGCCCUGGGUCUAUGUUGGCAUGACUUUCUCGACUUUCUGCUGGCAUAACGAGGACCACUACUCUUAUUCGUCGAACUAUCAACACUUCGGCGCGACUAAAACUUGGUACGGGAUUCCCGGUGAAGACGCCGAGAAGUUUGAGAAUGCCAUGAGAGAGGCUGUCCCGGAACUGUUUGAAACACAGCCGGAUCUUCUUUUCCAGUUGGUUACGCUCCUCACUCCGGAGCAGUUGCAAAAGGCCGGGGUGCGUGUCUUUGCCCUGGACCAACGGGCCGGGCAGUUCGUCAUCACUUUCCCGCAAGCGUACCACGCGGGGUUCAACCACGGCUUUAACUUCAAUGAGGCGGUCAACUUUGCUCCUUGCGACUGGGAGCCCUAUGGCCUCGCCGGUGUUGAGAGGCUCCAGCAGUUUCGUCGGCAACCCUGUUUUUCGCACGACGAGUUGUUGUGGACCGCGGCCGAAGGCGUCACAAGCGGUGGGCUCACGAUACAGACGGCGAAAUGGCUGGCGCCCGCACUGGAGAAGGUCGAGAAACGGGAACUCUCCCAGCGAGCCGAAUUCGUUGCCAAGCACGAUUUUAUCGCCAAGCAUCUCGAUGCCAAACAUCCAGCGCAACACCACCGGUGUGUGUUUGGUGGAGAAGGCGAUGACGAGUGCCCCAUGAUGUUCAAGAUCGACGACGCCGAUGUUCCAGAGGAGGAGUACGGAUGUUUCUACUGCAAAGCCUUCACCUACCUUUCCCGGUUCAUUUGUCUCAAGACGGGCAAGGUGCUGUGCCUCCUACACGCUGGAAACCACCCCUGCUGCGACCUCCAGGAGUCGGACAGGUACCUUGGAAAGGAGCAUGCCCUCUAUUACCGCAAGUCGGAUGACGUCAUUGCCGCAACGUGCAAGAAGGUGGUCGACAAAGCUCACGUACCCGAGGCCUGGGAAGAGAAAUAUGAUAGGCUCCUGGACGAGGAGGCUACACCAUCGCUCAAGACGCUGCGUAACCUUGUUACCGAAGGCGAAAAGAUCCCCUACGACCUGCCGUCCCUUCCGGUCCUGAAGGCCUUCGUCGACCGCUGCAACCACUGGGUCGAAGAAGCGACCAAUUACACAGUCCGGAAACAACAGAACCGCCGGAAAAAUGAGAAGGCGUGGCAGACAGGGGCCCGCAAAUCCGUCGGGAAUGCCCAGCACGACCAAAAGGAACGCGAGAUGCGCAACGUCGCAAACAUCUACCGCUUGCUGGACGAAGCUAAGCAGAUUGGUUUCGACUGUCCGGAAAUCCCCCAGCUACAGGAGCGCGCGGAUGCCAUCAAGGCCUUCCAGGAGGAUGCGAGGACGAUGCUGGAGCACCGUCAAUCUCGUUCCAUUGGCCCGGUUGAGAAGCUACUCGAGGAUGGGCAGAGUUUUAACGUCGACAUGCCAGAAAUUGAGCAGCUGACACGCCUCCUGGACCAGCUUCAGUGGAACGAGAAAGCUAGCAGCAGCCGGAACACAUUCAUGACCUUGGAGGAUGUCAGAGCGCUCAUCGACGAGGGCCACCGGCUUAAUGUGCCAGUCUACAACGACCACCUUGCCUUCUACACAGACCAGUUGACGGCAGGCCACAUGUGGGAUAAGAAGGUCCAGGAACUGAUGAACGCUGACUCGAUUCAUUACCCGCAACUUCAAACCUUGGCAGACCAAGUCCAGUCCAACGCCUGGCCCGUUUGCCCGAAAACGAUGGCCGCCGUGGACCAGAUUCUCCACAAGCAGCGCGAAGCACACCGACAAAUCAUGGAUUUGAACGAGCGUACGCAGGAGCCCGAUUACCGAAACAGGCCGAAGUAUGCAGAGGUUGCGGAGGUCAUAAAGAAGAUCGAAGAACUUCAGGCCAAGCCAACCGGGACCCAUGAGCUCGAAAAGGAGCAAAAGCGCCACGAAGACUGGAUGCGCAAGGGGAAGAAGCUCUUUGGGAAGACCAAUGCUCCCCUGCAUAUCCUCAAGAGCCACAUGGACUAUGUGCUCGACCGCAACAUCGACUGCUUCGACAUCGUUCACGACAAGCCGCGCGUUCCAGCGGAGCCUGCCUCCCGGGAGCCGAGUGUCGACAAGGAACAGCCCAACCGCUGGGAAGACCCGAGGUUCCGCGAGGUAUUCUGCAUUUGUCGGCGCACAGAAGCCGGCAUGAUGAUUGAGUGUGAACUAUGCCACGAGUGGUAUCACGGCAAAUGUCUCAAGAUCGCCCGCGGGAAGGUCAAGGAGGACGACAAGUACACAUGCCCGAUUUGCGACUGGCGCGUCAAGAUUCCUCGCGAUGCUGCUCGGCCCAAGUUGGAGGACCUCUUAUCCUGGCAGGAUGAGAUUCCCAACUUGCCAUUUCAGCCGGAAGAAGAGGAGGUUCUUAAGAAGAUCAUCGACAAUGCGACCGACUUCCGCAACCACAUUAGCGCAUAUUGUAACCCGAUCAUGGCCACGGCUUCCGAAGCGGAGGCACAGCGGUUUUACCUCCGCAAGAUCGAGGGUGCCGAGAUCCUCUUAGCCUACGAGACCAACUUUUUCCGGCAGGAGUUGCACAAGUGGAGCCCGGUUGCCCCGGAACCACCUCCGGUUCUCGAGGUGUCGAAGAGCACCCGCAAGCCACGACCGACCAAGCUACAAAAGAUGCUCGCGCAAUAUGGCGUCGAAGAUCCUGAUGACCUGCCCGAGGACGUCAAGGGCAAAGCUAACAGCUUGAAACGCAAAGCCUUGAACGCCGAGGCCGCCGCCGCCGCCGCCUCUGCGCCUUCGGGUUCCAUUAUGAUGGUCGGGAGCCCUGGAUACCCAUCACCCCACUCCUUCUUCCCGCGGAACUCAUCCGCUCAACCUCCAACCCCGGGGCUUUCGAACCAUGCGCACUCCCACUCAUCCGGAGGAGCCGACGGAUCGUCGUCACACAACCAGCAAGGCCCGUCCGGGUCGAGCUCGAUUCUACGGGCCGACUCCAUGGACAUAGACCCGUCGUCCGCCCACCCAGGCCUCUUCCUUCGCGACGGCGCCGGACCCGGCCCGCAGCUGCUCGUCUCCGGCGACUCGACCCACGAUCUCGAAGAGCGCCUCCUCCGCGGCACAUUCGACGACGACGAACUCAACGCGCACCUCUCGACGGACCACGGCCGGGCCAGGGUGCUCGAGAUCCUGUCGCGGACCGACACGGGCCGGCGCCGGGCCGAGGAGAUCUUUGGGCCGGGCGCGCGGGGCGGCGGCGACCGCGGCCGCGACGACGGCGGUCCGUCCAGCGCCGCGCGGGACAACGACCCCAUCGGGAUCGGCGUCGGGAACGAAGGCGAUGGCGACGACAGCAUGUUUGUGGAGCUGGUCAACCAGGACGAUGACGAGGACGGCGACUCCCCCCACCACCACCGUAAGAAGGCGGCGGCGGCCGAUCACCACCACCACCACCCGUCGAACGCGGCCGAGAUCCUGGAGGACCGUGGCGAGGCCGCGUCGUGGAUGGAUGCCCGGAAGGAAUCUUAG